GCAGUUGGCCAUAUCUGGAACUUUGCCAUCACAGCCGACGCCAUAACGAAAAUCAUAAAGAUCAGCACAUUUCGAAAUUAAGUUACCUAGAUCAUGGAGACCAGCGACUUUUCUAACGGUGACAUGUUGUUCGACACCAGACGAGGUGAUGAUUAUACAAGAACUAACGGGGAAAAACACGAAAAACAUAAAAAAAAGGAGCAUAAAAAGCACAAAAGCCAUAAGCACGACCGGGAAAAGGACAAAGACCGCAAAAGUUCGUCUGAUAGACACAAGCACCGUCAUUCCGAUAAGGUAAAGCGUGAACAUGAGGACGGACACGAAAUGAAGAUAAAAGUUGAGACUGUAAGUCCUAUGAAAACUCGAGAAGAUGAGGAUGAUUAUGACGAUGUACCUUUGACUAAACGAAUUAAGGUAAAAAAAGAGCACGGUGAAGAGAGUAAAAUAAAAGAAAAGAAGGCGAAAAAGAGGAAAAAUGAAGGAAAUUCAUUAGAGUCUCCAGAGAGAAAAAUCAAAAAAGAAGUCAAGACCAAAGAUGGAUCUCCAAAGAAAGGUAGAAAGAAAAAGGACGAAGAGGUAGAAAAAUGGAAAUGGUGGGAAGAGGAUAGAAGAGAGGACGGUGUUAAAUGGAAUUUUCUCGAACAUAAAGGCGUCGUUUUUGCUCCAGACUAUGAGCGAAUUCCAGAUGAUGUUAGAUUUUCUUAUAACGGAAAGAUUAUGAAGCUGUCUGAAACUGCCGAGGAGGUGGCAACUUUCUAUGCCAAGAUGUUGGAUCACGACUAUACCUCUAAGAAGAUUUUCAAUGACAACUUCUUUAGAGAUUGGAGAAAAACAAUGACAACAGAGGAACGUUUAAAAAUAACUGAUUUAUCGAAAUGCGAUUUUAGAGAGAUGCAUGAAUACUUUCUGAAAAAGACUGAAGAGCGAAAAGCAAUGACCAAGGAAGAGAAGCAAGAAAUUAAAAAGAAAAAUGAAGAAAUUAUGAAAGAAUAUGGUUUUUGUAAAAUUGAUGGACAUACCGAAAAAAUUGGCAACUUUAAAAUUGAACCUCCCGCUUUGUUUAGAGGUAGAGGUGACCAUCCUAAACAGGGCUGCCUAAAGAAACGUGUACAACCAGAAGAUGUCAUUAUCAACUGUUCAAAAGACUCAAAAAUUCCGGAAGCUCCCCCUGGACAUAAAUGGAAAGAGGUUCGACACGACAACACAGUUACCUGGUUAGCGAGUUGGACCGAAAAUGUUCAGGGACAAACAAAAUAUGUAAUGCUCAAUGCCAGUUCGAAAUUAAAAGGAGAAAAAGACUGGAUGAAAUACGAAACUGCUCGUCGACUUCAUCAAAGGAUAGAAAAAAUUAGACAAGAAUAUCGAGACGAUCUCAAGAACAAAGAAAUGAGAAUUCGUCAAAGAGCUGUUGCUAUGUAUUUUAUAGAUAAAUUGGCAUUGAGAGCUGGUAAUGAGAAGGAUGAAGAACAAGCUGACACAGUCGGUUGCUGCUCUUUGCGUGUUGAGCACAUAACGCUUCACCCUAAUAAGGACGGAAAGGAAUUUGUGGUUGAGUUCGAUUUCCUUGGAAAAGAUUGUAUUCGUUAUUAUAAUUGUGUUCCGGUUGAGAAGAAAGUUUUCAAGAAUUUACAAAUAUUUAUGGAAAAUAAGCAAAAAGGCGAUGAUCUGUUCGAUCGAUUGAAUACAGCGAUUUUGAACAAACACUUGAACAGUCUUAUGGAUGGCCUCACUGCCAAAGUUUUUAGAACAUACAAUGCCUCAGUUACCUUGCAAUCGCAACUGGAUCAAUUAACCGUUUCAGAUGACAAUAUAACAAAAAAACUUCUAUCUUUCAAUCGGGCUAACAGGGCUGUCGCUAUUCUUUGUAACCAUCAAAGAUCCGUACCAAAAACAUUCGAAAAAUCAAUGGAAAGACUUCAAGAGAAGAUUGAGGCCAAAAAGGAGGCUAUACGCGCUUGUAAGAAAGAAGUUAAAGAUGCUAAAGCAGAAUAUAAACAAACUGGAUCUGAUAAGGCUGGCACCGCUUAUGAGAAGAAGAAGAAGCAGUUACAACGCCUUGAAGAGCAACUGGCAAAGCUUGAAAUGACUGCCACUGACAAAGAUGAGGGUAAAGAAAUUGCACUUGGAACUUCCAAGUUGAAUUAUUUGGAUCCAAGAAUAUCAGUUGCUUGGUGCAAGAAAUGGGAAGUACCAAUUGAAAAGGUUUACAAUAAAACACAAAGGGAUAAAUUUGCUUGGGCUAUUGAAAUGGCUGGAGAAGACUUCUCCUUUUAG